UGUUUUUCUUACUCACGUCAGUAGUAGAAUUCAUUCACACCAUUCCCAUGUGACUCUCUGCCCCUUCUCUCAUCAUCACACUUUCCCUUCUCUUCUCUUCACUUCCUUUUCUCUCCAAUCCAAGCACCGUUCUUUGAUUCGAUGUAACCUCAGCGCCAGGGUUAACAGAUUCUGACCUUCCCCAUGAAGGUUGUGGUUUGUGUUCACUACUUGUUUCGAUUCCACGCCGAAACUUUUCUGCUUGGUUCCUGUCGGAAUCAAAAAUGGCGGCGUGAGUUGUGAAGUGUGAAUUCUGAAGUUAUUUUAGAAAACGAAAUGAAGGUCUUUCCCUUCAUUGGGUUCCUGUUCCUCGUGGCACUGUUUCUCAGCUCGGUUUCAGCUUUUUCUCCAACUGGGUCGAUUCGGCAUCGCGUCAAGUUUAUCAUAGGGGAGGGAGAAGAGAAUUUGGGUGAAUGGAAGAGUGAAUUCACUCAGGUAGCUCCAGCACCGGGGCCUAAAGGUGUGGAUGUUCUUAUUCUGGCGGCAAACAGGACCAAUAGACCUGACAUUCUGCGAGGAUUCCAACGCUAUCGAGGUGGUUGGGAUAUUGCAGAUCAGCAUUAUUGGGCUUCUGUUGGAUUCACUGGUGCAGCUGGUUUUAUUCUUGCUGCCCUAUGGCUUAUCUUGUUUGGCCUGGCGCUUAUGAUUCAUCUAUGUUGUGGAUGGCCAAUUACCAUAAAGGGCAAAGGAUCAAAUCAUUCACAAAGGAUUUGUCUUAUACUGCUCAUAUCAUUCACUUUUGCUGCUGCGACUGGAUGUAUCCUCCUCUCUGUUGGGCAGGAUAAAUUUCAUGGUCAAGCCUUGGACACCCUUCAUUAUUUUGUCAAUCAGUCAGAUUAUACAGUGCAGACUCUGAGAAAUGUCACAGAGUAUCUCUCCCUUGCAAAAACUAUCAAUGUCACUAGGAUUGUUCUUCCAUCUGAUGUCAUGGAUGCUAUUGACAAGUUGAAUGUGGAUCUAAAUACUGCCGCAGACACACUUUCAGAGAAGACAAAUGAAAAUUCAGUAAAAAUUCGAAGAGUUUUCAAUGAUGUGCGUCUAGCUUUGUAUGUUGUAGCAGCUGUGAUGCUCCUGUUGGCUCUUGUUGGGCUAGUCCUUUCUGUCCUUGGAUAUCAGCACGCAAUCCUCAUAUUUGUUAUCACUGGAUGGUUACUUGUUGCUACCACAUUCAUUCUUUGUGGAGUAUUCAUGAUCCUUAAUAAUGCAAUUUCUGAUACCUGCAUGGCUAUGGGAGAAUGGGUGGCAAAUCCACACACCGAAUCUGCUCUUAGUAAUGUCCUUCCGUGUGUUGAUCAGAGUACCACAAACCAAACACUCUUCCAGAGUAAGCAAGUUGUCACCAACAUUGCAAAUGUUGUGAAUGAAUUCAUCUAUAAUUCUGCAAACCUGAAUAUAACACAAGGAAGUCCUGGCUACUACAAUCAGUCUGGGCCUACAAUGCCAACUUUAUGCUACCCUUUUGACUCUCAGCUUCAAGAGCGUCAAUGUACAGAUCAGGAAGUUUCUUCCGCCAAUGCCUCAAUGGUUUGGAAGAACUUUGAAUGUGAGGUAUCUGAAUCUGGCAUUUGCACUACAGUUGGCAGGGUUACCCCAGAGAUUUACUUGCAGAUAGUGGCUGCAGUGAAUGAAAGCUAUGCGUUAGAACAUUACACCCCACCUUUACUUAGCCUUCAGAAUUGCAAUUUUGUGAGAGAGACAUUCACAAAAAUUACUUCAAGCUACUGUCCUCCAUUAAACCACUACCUGAAGAUUAUCAAUGUAGGACUUGGCCUGGUUUCAGUUGGUGUUCUGCUCUGCCUUGUUCUUUGGAUACUCUAUGCAAACCGCCCCCGAAGAGGGGAAGUGUUUGAGAAGUCAUCCUUGGCGGAAACCGCCACAAAUUUACCCUUGACAAAUGCAAAUAGUGAAGUAUAGAUUGUAAAAUAAAAGUCAGUUGAUAAAGUAGAGUUUAUUGUUUUACAGUUCCCUACUAUGUAUAUCCAUCGGGAUGAAAUGAAGGUGCUGCGAAGCUGCAUCUGAGCUUGAAGAGCAACAUUUUGUCUAUAUAAAGAAAGCAAUUUUAUUUUGUUUUUAGCUUUA